CCUGUACACUUUCUGGCCGUAAUGUCUAGGCGUCUGGAUGGACGUCUCCUUUUUGGCUGUGGUCCUUGUAGGCCAAAAUGGGUUAAAGUUGUUGACAACAUCUACACCGGAAAUCACUCGGUAGUAUGCCAUUUUGAAGUAAUUAUGAGGAUCUUCAAGGAAGGAAUCGACAAACUAGUGUGCCACUGUGCUAGAAAACCUGAUAAGUUGGAUAAUAUUGCAAAAUACCUGCAUAAGAAGCUCCUCUCAGAUCUUCACCAUCGGAAUUAUGCAAAUGUGAAUAUAACUAUGGAGGCCAUCAGUGCCUUAGUUAAUACCUGCUAUCGUCUUAAGCUUAAUCUUUUUGACUCAAGCUUCCUAAAGAUGGUUUUGUUGCUGCUCGAACAGGACUUGCCAGAGCUGCAGUUGCUCGGCACCAAAUCAUUUUUAGGAUUUUCUCAAAUAGAGGAAGAUGCUCCUAGUUACUAUCGCGAGUAUGACGAUUUAGUGGAUCAUUUUACCAGAAUGGCAUACUCAGAACUACCAAAUGAAGUCGAGCGAAAGAAAGUUCGUAUGGCGGGAAUAAGGGGACUUCAAGGCGUUGUCAGGAAAACCGCCAGGGGCCAACUGCGAAUGAAUGCUCUGCAGAGCAUGGAGAAGAUUAUUCCAGCACUCCUGUUUAAUAUUCAUGAGAGACCACCAAGUGAUGAUGAGGCGGAUGAAUCCGAACCUGGUUGUCAAGCUGUCUUCGUAUUCAAAGAUGUAGUAUGCCGCGCUUCUUUCACAAACCUCAUCCCUGUUGUUUCUGCUAUGAUUACGCAAGUUAUUCUAGCCCCUCUUGAAUGUCUUAUUCUUCUGUAUAGUCCCCACUUUGAUAAUCAUAGACUCUGGACUCCCAGCGAUUUCCCUCUCCUGGUUUUUGGAUACUUAUUGGAUUCUAUUAAGAAUAUGCAAGUCGCCCACAACCUCGUAAAGGAACUCAUCAAAUACUUGCGAAAAAGUGAUACAAGACUGACUACUCUCCAACGAAUUUCUGUCGUGAUGUCUAAUGUACGACGUAGGAUCAUGGGAGCAGGACAAUCUAAUCAUAAACUUCAUCGGCCGUCGCUUUACAGCAUACGAUUCAAUCGUAUCAAAUCACGGCGCAUUUUCUCGCACAAAACUCUUCUCGAUAUUGAUGGCCGCGCACCCGGUGUAGUCGGUGUGGGGGAUUUGGCGUCCAGUAACCCGCCAAGCAGCUUUGAAAGCGAGAGUGCUAGCGUCUCCCUUUCCCAUUCUUUCACACUUGCGGGGUCGGCCUCUUCCUCUCCUACUCCUCCUAUUGAAACAUUGCUGAUGUUGUUGGGAGAAUCAAACCCAUCUUUGGAUAAGAGGGGUUGCAAAAAGGGGAAACCAGUCCUUUGUGGGGAUGAGGCUACUGAUGACCGUCAUCAUCAUCCACAGCCUAGAAAGCGGGCUCCUCUGGGAUUCUCGAUAAUGCCUGCGGGAGGCGUAGCUCUGACAGUCUACAUUAAAACCGCACUGCAACGGCAGGACACAGAGGACUGGAAGAUAUUUGGGAAGAAGGCAGAACGAUAUUUAACAGGCCUGGAGAGGCAGUACAAUUGCAAUAUCAUGUUGUUUGAUAGGCAAUCCUGGUUCAGAGGUGUGCCCAUUCGCAAGCUGAGGAUUGUGGGCAAUAACUGUCAGGAUGUGCUAAAGUGCAAGGGCGGGCUACCGGCUUUUAUUUCGGAAAAUCUAAUUACUUCGGAAGAUAACUAUGUUAUCGAUAAGUCAGUCAUCACUCUUGCCAAAGGUGCUAUUGGUCCUGAUGUCUUUCACAAUUUUAAAGCUCUGCUUCAGAUUCUGAGGUCCAGCAUUGAAAAGACUUCGAAGGGUGUUGGAGCCGACGAGCAGCGUUUCCAUGAUGCAAUCAUGAACACAAUCGCUGAGUUCGCUAAAAACCUCCCUGAUGCCCAAAAAAUUGAGAUCCUCAAAUUCAUCCUCAAUUUCGAUCCUCUUCCAAGUGGACGGUCAAACAGCAAGGACUACUCAAAACCGAUGGUGAAAGUGUUGGUGAAAACUAUGCUUACAGUGGCAACGCAAUACCAAACAGUGGCGAUCUCGAAUGCUAUUGAUUCAGACUUUUUGCGUCUUUUGCUUCAUGGAGUGGCUCUUGACCCCGACGCAUCCAUUCGAGUUUACGUGCAAAAGAUUCUCCACGCUCUCAUUGAUCGACACAAUAAUGCUUCCAAACUCCUCAGAGUUAGAAUCUACCCCGCUGAGGAGGUCACGAAUGUCUACACACGAGAGAAGCCUUCUCGACAGGAUAUAUUGUUCAUGAAAAAGACCGGCUAUCUGUUGACAGAAAACAUCUUCCACCAGAUGUUGGACCCCAGUAACAAAGUUGACAAUCUUGAGCACCUGAUGUGCACCAUUGGACUGGUGGCACUGGAGAUGGGUGCCGAAGAGGCGGGUUUCUUUCGCAUUGAUAGCCCUGCCUUAGCUACGAUUUAUUUGCCACUUUUGAAUUCAUACCUCAGACCAUUAUUGCAGCUUUUAUCCCCACCGGUUUCCCCUCCCCUUUCGUCAGGUUCUCGUGGAAUUGUUCCGUUUAGUGCUAGCGGUUCAGCAGAAGGUUGUGGAAUCAAAUGGGGGUCUUCCCUUGCCGCAUCUAUGUGCUAUCCAUGCUGUGCUUGCAACUGUGGUGUCAAUUAUUGUCCCCAUUUCGCCUCUAAGGGAGUCUCUACUUUCGCACGUACAAGCUGUAAGUAUCCAGCACAAUUAGUGAUCUCUAAGGAAAUGCUCUUCUGUCGAGAGACAAUACAGUCCGCCCUGCAUCAGGCUGCCCUAGAUCCCUCCAACUUGGACAUUCCCUACCAGCCUUUUGAUCCACUCAAAGCUCUCCAGUCCCUCCGCGUAGCCAUGCUCGGCAGCUCUGCAGCAAUGACAGCAGCAGGAGGCGUGGGUACUGGUUCGGUCACCACACCCGGUGGUCGUACCAGUGGAGCCUCAGAAUACGGCUCUACCAACCGAUUUAGUGGAUGGAGCACUCUUCCAGGUUCCUUGAAUCGUGGUGCUGGUCCUGGGAACGCUUUUCGAAAUGGGGUCCAGUACGGUUCCAAGAAUGCAAUGCCUAUGGGUGCCGAUAGUCAAUCAUUGAGUAGCUUGUCAAUGGCUGAUAGCAGUCAAUCAGUACCAAAUGUUGGUUCGCGUGCCUCCGAUCUUGAACGAGAGGAAAUGAUUUCCUUUAAGCACGCGCAGAAAAUCUUAUAUGAAUCUCCGGAAACUAGAAGGAGAAGGAAAUACGCGGAAAACAUGCGACUGACAUCUAAUUAUGAUGCCCUGGCGGAAAAAGGUGCGAUGGACUUCAAUGAGUUGUGUGCUCUACACAAGGAACGGGCACAGACACAACGCUUCAACAUGGUGGGAGUUUUCAGUGACCUCUCCAACGAGCUGAACCGUCGAAAACUGUCACAGAGACGGGUGAGUCUAAACACCGGGGGAUUGUCAUUUCUACGUGGCAACGCGCGAACUGAGAAGACUGAUGGUAUGGAGAUGGCUCUGCGCCGGAGCGUAGUUGGUAGUGGCGGUGCAGCGGAGGAGAACUCGGGUGGAGAAGCGAUUGAAUGGAGAGUCGAUAGAGAGGGAGCACCAGUUGCUAGGGUGACACAGGAGGCAGGGAAGGAAGACACACCAGGACAAGGAGUCGCCUCUUCAGCGAUCCAAUCUAACUGGGACUCCAAUUUCAUAUCUCUCUUUGUCUCUUGA